CGCUUCCAAACAUCAACACUGCUAAUUAUUACAACUAACGUUACGGUGCCUGGUAGUUUCUGUGUGGAAAUAUGGAUCCAAACGGAAAUUACAUCUUCUCAAGUCGCCCCAGACCCGUUGAGAACCGCUCCAGAUACAAGGAGCCUCCGACUGAACAGACCCACAGUACUUAUGGAAACAUCAUGUAUGACCGUCGUGUUGUCAGAGGAAACACUUAUGUCCAACACAUCAUACCAAUUAUAGCUCAGCCAGACACUGUUGAAGUACAAAUACAACAGCAGAUCAGGAGGAGAGCCCUUGCUCGAAAACAAGCCAGGGGACAGUUAAGAACCAACACGCCAGAGGCCGUGCAGGGCAGAAAACACAUCGAUGUACAAACAGAGCAAUAUCUCGAAGAAUUGAGUGACAUUAUAGUGGCAAAAGAUAUCGAGUGCCAGACUGAUGAUUUCCUGGACAGACCCACAACCCCACUCUUCAUACCUGCCAAAUCUGGCAAAGAUGUUGAAACCCAGAUAGAGGAGGGAGAGUUGUUUGACUUCGACAGGGAGGUGCAGCCAGUGUUGGAGCUCCUGGUCGGUAAGACAAUAGAACAGUCUCUCGGGGAGGUGAUGGAGGAGGAGGAGCUGGCCUGUCUGAGGGCCCAGCAGAGGGCCUUCAAAGAGCUCCGAAAUAAUGAGCUGGCAGAGGUGUUGAGGCUUCAGGAGCAGGAGAGACGCCGCAGUGAGGAGAAAGAGCGUAGAAUUGCCCAUCAGAAGGAGGUGCUGAAGAAAGAAAAAGAGGUCGCAGAGAAGAUUGCUGCCCGGGCGUGCUCCAAGCAAUACUUGUCUGACCUCCUACCGGCAGUCUUCACCUCACUGAGAGGCCACGGCUACUUCUAUGACCCUGUGGAGAAAGAUAUUGAGACUAAUUUCAUCCCAUGGCUGAUGGAUGAAGUCAACAACAGUUUGGAAUGGAGAUACACAGCAAGGAAUCUGCUGGACAAUAUCAUCCACGAUGUCGUCCAGAAGAGACAUGAGAUGUUCAAAGAGACACAGUGAUAAUGAUUCACUGAGUGAGGUCAAGGGCACGAGUGCAUUCUCAAAACUAAAAUGUUUUUUGAUACUGACUAAACUGAGUUGUCUCUUCUAUAGACCAUAAAUGCAAGUGUGUGUUUGUUGAUGUUCCAGUGUUAUAAGGAUUAUUCUGUGAUCACAAGUCAUUUGUUUCAAUCUUAAAAAUUGGUGUUAUGGUUCUAAUGUUUAGUAGGGAAUCUGUGAAAUAGUGGAAAAUGUAAUGCAAUUUUGUAUUAUCCUUUCCUAUUAAACUAUUUGUUUGUUGCAGUAUGAGGAGGUUUUUCUUACAAAAAACAGUGACCUUUUAUUUUCUUCUACUAAAUACCUAGAUCAGCAGU